AUGGGGAAGGCUUCCAAGGAUAAGCGGGAUCUUUAUUACCGGAAAGCCAAAGAAGAAGGAUGGAGGGCUCGGCUGGCCUUCAAGUUGCUACAGCUAGAUGAAACCUUUGACCUUUUCACCAAUACCAAGCGGGUGGUGGAUCUCUGUGCCGCCCCCGGGUCAUGGUCUCAAGUGCUCAGUCAGAAAUUGAAAGAUGUCCCCGAUUCCCGGGUGGUGGCAGUUGACUUACAACCGAUGAUGCCCAUCGAGAACGUGACUUGUUUACAAGCCGACAUCACUCAUCCCAAAACAUUGAAGUUGAUCCUCGAUGUGUUUGGCGGUGAGCCCGCUGACUUUGUCUGCCUGGACGGGGCGCCCGAUGUCACUGGGCUCCACGAUCUCGAUGAAUACAUUCAGGGCCAGCUUGUGCUUAGUGCGUUACAAUUAGCGUGUUGUGUUUUGAAGGAAGGAGGUACAUUUGUGGCGAAGAUUUUCCGGGGGCGAGACAUUGACUUAUUAUACUCUCAACUUGGGUUCCUCUUCGACAAAGUUGUUUGUGCUAAACCUCGACUGUCACGGGGUACUUCCCUUGAAGCAUUCAUCGUGUGUAUGGGCUACCACAAGCCGGCCGGGUGGGAGCCUAAGUUGGAUGAGCUGAUCAGUACAGAAGAGUUCUUUGCUGGGGCCAAUAUCGGCAAGCAAGCAAUGACCGAACAAGCAGACUACGGCGUAGCUACUGAACCUCGCGUCAUCGCCCCAUUCAUCGCUUGUGGUGACUUGUCAGCGGUAGACUCUGAUGCUACUUACCGUCCCGGCAACCUCAAGGGGUUGGACCCCGUACAAGCUCCCACGGCUCCCCCUUACAAGCAGGCAUUGGAGUUGAAGCGGAAAAACCAAAAAAAGUCAACCUAA